CCGCCCGUAGUUACCUAUAAUUUUUUCUGAAAGCAUCGUAGUUUGCUUCUACUCCGAGAAACGUCUCUAUUGUUGCUUUCAUAUAUUUAUUAUUAUAGUAUUUAAAUCAAGAGUUCGGUACAACAGUAAAAAAAUGCAGGAAGAGCCGAAAAAUAUUUCAAGAUUAGCACGUAUUCGAAGAGGUCAAAAUUCAGAUGUACCAGAAGUUGUAAGAAAAGAUUUAUCGAGUAGUGUGUUACUCGAUAUGGCCACAAAUGCAACUACUUCUCGUAAUAGAACAACUAUGAUGCCGAAUGAAAUUAGGCAGACACAAAAACCACUGAAAAAAAAGAUUACUGUAAAUAGGCACUCAAUCAUGCCAUCGCAUGUAUCAUUGGAUGCGCAAAAGAAGAUGGAUACUGCAUCAAGAAAAUUAGAACUUCUUUAUGAUGAAUAUUUACAAGCUAUGCUGACAGAUUUGAUAAUAAAGAAGAAGACUGAAGAGAGAGAACAUUUAAUGGUCAGACAAUUAUCUACAGUAGACCAAGAAGUUGACCAAGACACAAACAAGUUGAUCAAAAUCAAAACAAGGGAACAUGAUAUAGUAAACUUGAAAUUAGUACAAAAAGAGAUAGAUGAGCAACUAGUUGCAGUAGAAAAGUGUACCAAGAAUGGAACAUUCAAGAUGGUAAAAAAUAUGUUAUCCAAAUUGGAAUCUCUCUUGGAACCUCUGGAUGUAUUGCGGUGUAAUGAUAUAGUACUUCCUAAAACACAGGAUGAGUGGAAAGAUAUUCAAAUAUUAUUAGUAAAGUGUUCAAAUAUUUUGAAAGACAUUACAAGUCUAAUUGGAUCAAAAGAUAAAACAUAUUGCACUAUUAAUACUGAAUUGAAAAAUUUUACUGAAACAUACAAUGAAAUAGAAAAUCUACAAAAGAAAUUGGAAGCAACACUCUGCAAUUUACAAGUAUUGAUACUGAAAAAUUCUUCAUUUUUGUUAGCACAUAACGAAAUCAAUAAAGAAGAGGACUGAAGAGAGAGAACAUUUAAUGGUCACAUAAUUAUUUACAGUAUAUUAUAUAUAUAUUUUUAUUAAAAUUUAUGCUAUGUAUUAUCAAGUUUC